GGCAAGCGUGUGAUCGGGGAGGACGGCGUCGAUGGCUACAGUGACUUGUUCCAGGAGAACACCAUGCUCCAGAAGGAGAACGCCACCUUGUGCAUGAGGGUGAAGGCCAUGCAGGAGGCAAUUGAUGCCAUCAACAGCCAAGUCACCCACCUGAUGAGCCAGGAGGCCAAGGCAGGUGACGGCAACGAGGCCAUCGGCGCCCUGAUCCCGAACUACAUCCGGGAGAUCGAGGAGCUCAGGUGGGCGUGGGUCACGUUCUCUCCUUCCGCCCGUCUGGGGGGGCCGCGUAUCGCGUGCAGCUUGAGAGGACCUGCAAAGAAGCA